AUGCACCGCCACAUCCCAUCUGCCGCCGAUUUCAUGAACGCCGCCCCGUACUCGCCCGCCCCCGGCCUUUCGUAUGGCGCGCCCCAGCAGCUCGGGGCUGGGACCCGAGGCGUGGGCGCCCCCAAGGGCUUCUCCGCGCUCGAUUCGUUCGAGGCCACGUCGUUCCUCGAUGCUGGUCUGGGCACGGAGGAUUUCUUCUCGCCCUUCCUCAACCCUGACUUCCCCAUCGACAUUAGCCUCCCCCUCCAGCAUUUGGGCGACAAUGUCAUGCAGUCCCAGGCGCCUUUGAUGCAAGUGGCUCAGAGCCAGGGUGCGGGCGUGAGGAGGAACCCCAAGCUGGCGGCCAAGAGGAAGCUCGAGGCUGCCGCCAAGGCCAGGCAGCCCCAGGCCCAGCAGCAGCAGGCGCAGGCCCAAGUCCAGCAGCUGCUUCCCAUGCAGCAGCAGCAGGCCCAGCCCCAGGCCCAGCAGGGCAAGGCCCCGUUGAUGCCGAUGGCGCCCGCGCCCCAGCCCACCACCAGCGCCUCGAUGCGCCCCUCCUCCUCGCUCUCCAUGUCGUCGCAGUCCCUCUACGUCGACUCCCCGCCCAGCGGCGGCUGCGGCGACCAGGGCGAAGACGACUACUACGGCGGCGAGGAGCCCACCAACAAGAGGCAGAAGCGCCUGGUCAAGAACAGGCAGGCCGCUCAGCUCUUCCGUAAGCGUCAGAAGCAGUACAUCUCUGACCUGGAGAACAAGGUGGCCGAGGUGACGAACAAGAACAUCGCGCUCAUGGCCAAGGUCGACGUGCUCGUCACCGAGAACCAGCUCGUCAAGGACCAGCUCAAGUACCUGCGCACGUUCGUCGUGUCGGCCCUCGAACAGGCCUUCCCGCAGCAGAAGUACGCCGAGAUGCAGCAGCAGCUGGGCGACAUCGGCCUCCACGACGGCCCCAAGAAGGAGCAGGACUCGUCCGCUGCCGCUCCCGCGCCCGCCACUGCCGCCAACCCGACCGUCAUCUCUUCGUCGCCGUCUUCCUCUCCGGCUCCCUCGACGGAGGAGAGGUGA